AUGGCCUUUUGUCCACAUGUUUCUACUGUAAACUUACAACCUCCUUCAGCAUCAACUCAAGUUCAUAAAGAGGAAUGUACACUAUGUUUUGAUUCUCAGGAUCUAUCUCCUGGAAUUGAUGUUUGUUUAACAUGUUUUAAUGCUAGUUGUCCUGGCCCUGAGCGUAAUCAUUCUCAAAUUCAUUAUCAAAAAACGAAUCACCCACUUGUUUUAAAUAUUCGUCGUUUGAUCAAAGAUAAACCAAAAAGACCUGAUGAAAAUGAAGAACCUCCUCAAAAAAUAAGUAAACUUGCAAUUGUACCCGAAUCUGAAGAAGAGAAAUAUGAAUUUUUGACAAAAGUUAAAUGUCAUACUUGUGACGGAGUGGAAGUUGAUAAAACAUUAGAUAAUCUUCCAUUUGUGAUUGAUUCCAUUAUGCUUUCAAUUUCAGCCAAUAGACAAUCAGAAAUCAAAGCUUGGGAAGAAGAAAUCACUGCAUGCGAGCAUACACAAAAUUUAGUACAAGAGCCUCCAAAAGCUUUAGAAUCACAAAUUUUUGGAAGGUCAAGUGUCUUACGUAUUCAACUCCAUAUUUAUAAAGACAAAUUAUCUCAACCUCAGUUUGACACAACCUAA